AUGAAACACUCCGUCAGCUCAGGUAAGUCUAGAGAGGUGGCGGCACCGGACGCGGGACCAGCACGGGACGCGGGAACCCCGUGGGCGCCUUGGUCCAGCGUCUGUCCGGCGUCCAGGGCUGCAGGGACUGAGAAACGGGAUCCCGUCGAAGCCCUGCGCAGCGGGCCUGACGCAAACUUGAGCCCUCUCGGCGCACCCGUGCGUCCCGCAUUUUGGAAGAGUCGCGUGCCGCAUGCGGGAAGGCGGAAGACCCCCGCGGGGCUCGUGGAGGAGCCCCGAGCCUCCUUCGGCCCCUUCGCGACACAGGAGCUGGUGCCCGGAGCUGCGCGGGACCGGAGGCGAAGGAGGCUGGGAGAAGAUGGGGGCGGCGGCGGCGACACCUCCAUCCCCUCUGCGUCCCUGGCCGGCUGCUUCUCCGCACCUCGCAAGGCUCCCCUCUGGACGUGCCUUCUCCCGUGCGCUGCGCUCCGGACCCUCCUGGCCAGCCCUAGCAACGAAGUGAAUUUGUUGGAUUCACGCACGGUCAUGUGAGACCUAGGAUGGAUUGCUUUUCCCAAAAAUGUCUGGGAAGAGACUGAUGAAGUGGAUGAAAACUAUGCCCCUAUCCACACAUACCAAGUAUGCAAAGUUAUGGAACAGAAUCAGAACAGCUGGCUUUUGACCAGUUGGGUCUCCAAUGAAGGUGCUUCCAGAAUCUUCACAGAGCUCAAGUUCACCUUGCGGGGCUGCAACAGCCUUCCCGGAGGACUGGGAACCUGCAAAGAAACUCUCAACGUGUACUACUUUGAGUCCGGCGAUGAAAACGGGAGAAGCAUCAAGGAAAACCAGUACAUCAAAAUCGAUACCACUGCUGCUGAUGAGAGCUUUACGGAACUCGACCUCGGUGACCGUGUCAUGCAGCUGAAUACAGAUCAGAGACGUAGGCCUCUGACCAGAAAGGGCUUCUAUCUUGCUUUCCAAGACGUUGGCGCCUGCAUUGCUCUGGUUUCUGUGUGUGUGUACUAUAAGAAAUGCCCUUCCGUGGUGCGACACUUGGCUGUCUUCCCCGACACCAUCACUGGAGCAGAUUCUUCACAGUUGCUGGAAGUGUCAGGCUCCUGUGUCAACCAUUCUGUGACAGAUGAACCUCCCAAAAUGCACUGCAGCGCAGAGGGGGAGUGGCUGGUGCCCAUGGGGAAAUGCAUGUGCAAGGCAGGAUAUGAGGAGAAAAAUGGCACCUGCCAAGGCUGA